GAGCCAUUCGUUCCAAGUUUGAAUUCAAAAAAGAUGUUUCACUGUUUCUGAUUCUUCGUCUUCGUUUAGUAGAAGCCACUCCAUCAAGUGUUCGUGAAAAUGCCAGAUAGAAACUCCUUCGUCCACACCCCACGAAGGUCGCCGAGAUUCUUCCCCGAACAACACCACAACACUCCCAACCCCAAAUCCGCAAAACGCACCGUUUCCGCCCAAAACUGCGCUGUUGCGUCGAGAAGAUCGCCGAGGCUGAACAAUGGGAUCGAUCUCAGACGAUCUUCCAGGUUGAACAAAGAGACAAGCGAUGAAAAAUUGAGAGCCGCCAGAGUGAAGGCUGGUGAUGCUGAAACGCAGGAAAACCGUGUCGUUUCGGAGGAGGGGUUUGGUGGAGGAGCGAAGAAGCGGGGAAAUGGGAAGAGACUUGAUGGUAAAACGCGGGAAAAUCGUGUCGUUUCGGAUGAGGGUUUUGGUGGAGGAGCAAAGAAGGGGGGAAAUGGGGAGAGGGUUGAAGUCAAAAUGGAAGAUAAUCGUGUCGUUUCGGAUGAGGGGUUUGGUGAAGGGAGAAAGAAGGAGAGAAAGAGGAAGCGGGUUGAAGUUAAAACGGAAGAAAAUCGUGUCGUUUUGGAUGAGGGGUUUGGUGGAGGAAGAAAGGAGAGGGGAAAGGGGAAGAAGAGAAAGCGCAAUGGUGAAGAAAUUGGGAAAGGGUGGACGGAGGAACAAGAGUUGGCUCUUGAAAGAGCGUAUUUGGCUGCAAAGCCUAGUCCACAUUUCUGGAAGAACGUUUCCAAACUGGUAUGCUUCGUUCUCUCCGUCUCUGAGUGAAAAUGUUCAUUUUUUGUUUGGUUUUAACUGGGAAUUGAGUUUGAGAAUAAUCAAGUAGUAAUUUAUCUGAAAUUUGCAUGAUUGGGAUUGGCUUGUGCAAAUUUUGAAAGCUGCCUGUUAAAUGGUUUACAUGUUAAAGAGUUUGAUGUGAAUAGGAUCAAUGAAAUUUAAUAUGCUUGUCUUCUUUCUGCCUUGGUUCUCAAAUGUUUUAAAACACAUAUGAUGAUGAUUCUUCAAGAGCCUGCUUGGUAUUUGACAGCUAACGAUUGUGGUGGAUAAGUGAUUAUGUAAGCAUUAACCUUUCAAGCCAAAAAGUAUAACUCUGAAAUGUCAAUAGCUGUGUGUUUGAAUGAAGUGAUGUACUAUGGAAUGGUAUGUUUGUUUGAAUGAAUUGAUGUAGUAUGGAAUGAUAUGUGUGAGUUUGAAUGAAGUGAUGUAGUACGGAUUGAUACUAAGUUACUCUUUUUUUGUUUUUGUAUCCAAUCAACUCGGAUGGAAUGGAGUAUAACCUUUUCCGUCCCCUUAAAAAUCAGGGUAUGAGGUAGUUUCCGUUUAGUCGUAAAAAUAUACAAAACAAUGGCAUGGUAGCUUUAUUGCAUUUUACUCAUAUAUCCAAACAUGAAGGAAUUGCUAUAAAAAAUUGUUGGUAUGUUCAUAGUUUUAAAAAUCGGACCGCUCAUCGAACCGGUUAAGGUACUGGGUCAGUGGGUCAAAG